AUGUCUGAAUUGUCAUAUACGAACGGUCAAGACGAUUCGGAGGCAUUUCAUUUGGGGACCGGCGCGCGCCGUCAUCCCUCUCCCGACACAGUCACUAGUGUGUUUGGCCUUUCAGCUUUUCGAUAUUUCCUUGACUACCAUUUUCCAGGUCUGAUUAGGCGUGUCCGGGCACUUACGCUUCGACUACUCCCCGUUGAAGUCCCUCCGGAGAAUAUCGCCGAUCCUACCAGUCGGGUUAUCACGUCCCAAGUCGUCGACGCGUAUGUCGCUGCCGCCGGCGACUUCACAGAUGUUUUGCCAUACUGUUUGCUGCAAGCGCGAAAGGAGUUCUUGUGGGAUGCCACCAACAAUCCAGCAGAUUGGGGCGAGAAUCAUGGCAGAGGCAUGUUUGUUCUGCUUGCAGGAUCUGCAUAUCUGAAUUCUCAUCGCACAUCCGCCUUCCUGAAGCUGUCGCCUGCACCUUCCGACAAGGUCGUGCCUAUGCUAUCGACGCGCUUCAGACACAAAGAAAUUGACGAUGAUUACAGCGAGAAAUCGAGUGCUCUCGAAGCUGCAUUUGAUUCACAUUGCACGAUCUUCUUAUCAUCGACAGAAGCCCAGGAUGUGGUCAAUUAUUUAUGGCGAGGUCAGCUCGUGCAAAAACACGGGGACGAUCACGAUGUCGAUUUCGUCCCAUACAAGGAGUAUGGAUAUCAUGGAUUCUGGGUUCAUUUCGACCCCGGCCGCCUUUCUGUUCCCAGAUACCAAAACAUCUUCCGUAUUUUAGUGUGGAUUUUCUUCCUAAUCACAUACUCACAAGCAGUGCGCGAGCCUCUGGACAAGUUGAACCCCGACCAUUCUGCGCUGGACAUAUGGGAAAUUUUCUUAUAUGUGCUAGCACUGUCGCUCUCCUUUGAAGACAUACACAAGGUCUACAAAUUAUUUCUAUUUGUCUCCUGGCGCUCGCUCGGCUUUUGGGAUGUUGUAUCAACUAUCACCGAUUCACUUCUCGUUGCGGCGUUCGUUCUCCGCGUGAUGGGCAUUGCGUCGUCCGCGCCGAAUGACGUGAUCUUGCGCACGCGGAGCUUUCAAUGCCUCAGUUUCUCGUGUCUCAUACUUUGGGGAUACUUGCACAGGAUGAAGCUGGUCCCGGUGUUUGACGGAUUCCAACCAGUUGGGACGAUGCAAAUCUGCGUCGCACGCAUGCUGAAGGAAUCUGGGAUAUUUUUCGGGCUGCUGGCUAUCCUGGGAGUUGGCUUUAUGCAAGGCCUUUAUGCUCUAGAUGCGGCGGAUGGGCAAAGUGAUCAUCCAUAUGAGGUCAUUCAUGCGUUAAUUCAGGCAUUGCUUCAGUCGCCGAAUUAUGACAUGUUUUCAGCGAGUUCUUCUGGUCAAAUCUUGUUCUAUUUCUGGAACGUCGCGACGGCGGUGAUUCUUCUAAACGUCCUCAUCUCUCUCUUUUCCUCUGCGUACGAUGAUGUCGUAGGCGACGCUGCCGCGGAAUAUCUUACCUACUUUGCUGGAAAAGUGGGCGGUAUGAUCAGAGCUCCGGAUGACUACGUCUAUCCUGCCCCGUUCAAUCUCGUCGAGAUCUUCUUUGUCGCUCCGCUUGAAUCUUGCAUCAAUCGCUACGUUAUGCUCGUGUUGUUUUUUAUUCCCCUGUCGGGUAUCGCACUCUAUGAGGCCGAGCUAGAGCCGUCGAAGAAUAGGUGGAUUAAGGAUUGGUUUAGCCACCCGGACGAGGGCGGGGAGCCUACACCGGAAUUCGAGAAUCCUGACGUACAUCCCGAUGACGCUGCCCGCGGGCUCGAAAUUAGUAAAGUUUCCUUCGAUAAACUCGUGCAAGCUUUCCCGGACACCACACACUCGAGCGAAGCGGUGUUAGUGGCGGAGAUAAGGCAGCUGAAGGACCAAAUGGAGGAGCUGAAACAGUUGUUGAUCAACAAGUCAUGA